CCGCCAGCACCUUCGCCCGGGUACCGCUCGCCGCCGCCGCCCACGUGCGCGCUGGUCCCGCGGAGCGCAUCUUCGGUGCCGGCGGCAUAUUUUGGUUUUCUGCCUCUCAUCUCUCUUUCUUUUUACUUUUUGCAUAUGGGAAAAAGUUGAGUCGAAAGUGUCCACCAAUUGCCACGUCCCCAUUAUCCUCCUUUCCCGCCCCACUGUUUUUGUUUUUUUAAAGCAGUGUCAACGGUGGUUUUUUUUUUUUUUAAGUGUCUAUUUUGUUUUACGAUCGAUAGUUUCCCGGCGGUUGCUGAUCCGCGGAGUGGCGUGGACCUCAUGUAGAAAUAACAGCAAUGGAAGGGGCCAGCGGGUCGAGUUUUGGAAUAGACACGAUUUUAUCCGGUGCCGGUUCCAGCAGCCCCGGCAUGAUGAACGGAGAUUUCCGCCCUCUUGGCGAAGCUAGGACCACGGAUUUUAGGAGCCAGGCCACACCGUCACCCUGUUCGGAGAUUGAUACCGUGGGAACGGCGCCCUCUUCUCCGAUCUCGGUCACCUUGGAGCCCCCGGAGCCGCACCUCGUGACAGACGGGCCCCAGCUUCACCAUCACCUUCACCACGGCCAGCAGCCGCCGCCGCCGCCGCCUCCAGCCGCGGCUCCCGCGCAAAGUUUGCAGGCUUCGCCCCAACAGCAGCCGCCGCCGCCGCCGCCUCCAGCCGCGGCUCCCGCGCAAAGUUUGCAGGCUUCGCCCCAACAGCAGCCGCCGCCGCCGCAGCCGCAGUCCGCGGCCCAACAGCUGGGCUCGGCCGCCUCGGCCCCCAGGACUUCCACCUCUUCUUUUUUAAUUAAGGACAUCUUGGGGGACAGCAAACCUCUGGCGGCUUGUGCGCCCUACAGCACCAGCGUGUCUCCGCAUCACACGCCGAAGCAGGAGAGCAACGCCGCGCACGAGAGCUUCAGGCCAAAGCUGGAGCAGGAGGACAGCAAAACCAAGCUGGACAAGAGGGAAGACUCCCAGAGCGACAUCAAAUGCCACGGAACAAAGGAAGAAGGCGACCGGGAGAUUACCAGUAGCCGAGAGAGUCCCCCUGUGAGAGCCAAGAAACCUCGAAAAGCCAGGACAGCUUUCUCGGACCAUCAGCUCAAUCAGCUAGAGCGUAGCUUCGAGCGGCAGAAGUACCUGAGUGUCCAGGACCGCAUGGACUUGGCAGCCGCGCUCAACCUCACUGACACGCAAGUCAAGACUUGGUACCAGAACCGCAGAACCAAGUGGAAGCGGCAGACCGCGGUGGGCUUGGAGCUGCUGGCCGAGGCCGGGAACUACUCCGCUCUGCAGAGGAUGUUUCCGUCGCCCUAUUUCUACCACCCAAGCCUGCUGGGCAGCAUGGACAGCACCACGGCGGCCGCGGCGGCCGCGGCCAUGUACAGCAGCAUGUACCGGACUCCUCCGGCGCCCCACCCGCAGCUGCAGCGGCCGCUGGUGCCCCGCGUGCUCAUCCACGGCCUCGGGCCCGGGGGACAGCCGGCCCUCAACCCUCUGUCCAACCCCAUCCCAGGCACCCCGCAUCCCCGGUGAGGAAAGGGACAGCGCUCCAGGUUCCCAUCCCGCCCCGGACAGCUGCCCCGCCUCUCCCCGCACCAGGCCAACAGGAAUGGAGGCAGAGGGGUGAAAGGAGGAGCUCACCGGUGGGCUGGGGUCCCCAAGGACCAGCCAGCCCUCUGCUCUCCAUCUGCCCCCUCAGAGGCAGGGAUGCAAAGCUCCCCAGCAGUGUGGCUGCUGGAGAAAAAUACUGACCCCACUGAGAUUGCAACCCGUAAGUGAAAACAUCCACCAAAACAAAACCCUCGAGUUCUUUUUUUUAACGAAAAUGACUUUAGGGACACGCAGAAGGGAGGGAGGGGGGAGGGCUAAGAAGGGACGAGAGAAGGGCAUGGAGAGGAACCUUCUAGCAGAGAGAAUUGUUGCUGGACAGACAGCCUGAAGUUCACCCCAGGCAGAAGGUGGUACCCUGGACAUCCACCGUUCUGCCUCAGAGCAGAGGAGGGUGAGGAGAGCCUUGCACUGAUUUCUCAUGAGCUUUUUUUCUUUUGGAAAAGUGGCAUGCUACAUAAUAUGAAAAAAAAAUGUACAUUUGAAAGACUGAGUGAUAAGUGAUAUAUCAUAUUUAUUAUAUGUUGUCCAAAACAGAGUCACUUAUAUACGUCAGUAAAAACAUGAUUUUUCUUUUCAUGUCUUUUUGAUUCAGUAAAAUAAAUGCUUAGACAAAAGUAUAGAUUUUUUUGUGAUUGAAAAUUACAAAAAUAAAGUUUAUCUUUUUUUAACAAGC